GGGGACCAUUUUUUGGGACUUUAAGGACGAUUGUGUGCCCACCCAAGGCGAGUCGUCGCUAAGCCUAGGCUUGCUCCGCCGACCGCUUGGCCUAGCCGCCACGGCCGACGGGCGGUCGCUGCUGGAACGCACAUUAUUCCGAACUCCACCUGCAUCAUGGCCACUCCCAUGAGUGUUGAAAUAGAGGGGGAGGAUAUUCACCCCGAAGAAGUAACCAGGACCCUGGGCUGGCGCAUCGCCGGUGAACGCAAGUCCCGACCACGUCAGCGAGACCUAGGUCUACCCAAUGCACUUCAAUCAAAACCCUCCGGUGCCGGUCGUAGACCCGAGAACGCCAAAGAUACGUUAAUCAAGAGAGCGCGCAUGCCUGCACUGCCCCGAGACGAUACCAAGAUCGUGGUGAGACUACGCGGUGGUCUGAAUAUCAGCAAGGUCGGCCAUAUGGAAGUUGGCCGGGCCAUUUACGCUGCGGCGGGAGUCACCAAAGAAGAAUGGAUCCGGGACGUGAUAUGCCCAAAUUACCAGCAAAACAUCGUUGUCAUCAGUACUUCAAAAAGAGAAAAUGCUAACCGGUAUGUUGCAGUCACCAAGAUUGUCGUCCAAGGAAAUGAGCACGAGGUCAGCGCCUACGAAUCGGCCCCCCAUGGCAUGACCAAGGGAGUCAUACGAGGCGUCCCCCUCGGAGACACGGUUCAAGAAAUCAAUGAGAACAUCGUCAACGAAUAUAAUCCCACUGCUGUAGAGGCCAACCGCAUCGCUAACACGACGUGUGUGGUGAUCGCCUUCAAUGGACCCAAAGUGCCGAACUACGUUCGUUACGGGGGCCUGCUCGCCAAAUGCUCGUUAUACAGAAAACAGAUAGAUAUCUGCUAUCAGUGCGGUCGCCUGGGCCACCGCAUGGAUGUUUGCCCUGAUCCAACAGACCGGAUCUGCCGGGGAUGUGGUGCUCGAAAUCCCGAUGAACAGCACAAGUGUACCCCCAAGUGUGACCUCUGUGGAGGAGAACAUUUGACCGCAGACAAGGUGUGCAGAGCUCGCUUCAAGAUCCCGUACGUGGUACGGAAACGCCGGUGGGAGCGGAAAGAUACCAACUACACGCCCGCAGAAUCCUCCAAACCGUCACGUCGGGAGGGAGCAGCUACGUCAGGGUACCGGAAUCAUUCUCUUUCCUGUGAAGGCGGACGAGGGCGGAGCAGCAGCUGCGCCUCAAAGCCGGGCUCCCGAGCGUCGUCGCCGGGUGACGUGGCCGGCAGCAGCUGCAGCGGGCGCCGCCGGGAGUCGCGCUCAAGGUCGAAGACCCGGAGCCAGACACCGUCGAGGAACGCCGCUAAACAGAACCAGCACGCGCUACCGGACUCCAGCGAUGCGCGUCACCACGUAUACGACGCAACCAACGCGGUUAUAGACAGAAACGAGCGUCACACAUUGCGCGAGGAUAAUCCGGAAACCUGCGCUUACCAGGCGUUCACCGCACCCCUCGCACCCCCGUUUUCUCUCUCGUUCGUUUUGCGCCUCAACGCGGACUUUCGCUUAUGCCCGCCUCUCGUUCCGCCCUCCCGAAUGAGCAGCGGCGGCCCGUCGGGAGAGGAAAAGAAAGAAAGAAAAAAAAAGAAGCAAACGCCGGUUACACCUUCUGUUCUGCUUGAUCUCCGCACGGGUCGACGACGCCGAGGACCCCUCGUGCGCGCCUCUCCUGGCCGGCCGGACCUGGGAAGUGGCAAGAAGGGGCACCGGACGGAACGACGACGAGAGUGAAAAUGUGGGUCCGGCGGCUUCUUCUCCCUGGUGAAAGCAAGCCGCGUACUCCUCGCUCGCUUCUUCUUCGCCUCCUUACCGUUUUCUUCUCGUGCGGCGGACAGGCUCUGGUUCCUUCCUCCCCACCAUCCGACACCAACGAGGAGUACCCUCGCCCCGGACCGAGAACAGUUCGGGCAGCGCAGAGUCAGGAGAGAGGAGUAUAGUCCUUAUAAAAAGCCGCCUGCCACCCGAGACACGGCAUCAGUGCUGAGCGAGGCCUCCGAGCCGAAACGGCGCAGCACAGAGAUCUCAGACACAUGGCGAUCACAAAGGGCUUGAUUCUGUCCCUCUGCUGGGGUCUGACCCUGGCCGGAGGACUUGGCGGCGGCGGCGGAGGCUUCGGUGGCGGUGGCGGUGGCUACGGUGGCGGCGGCGGCGGCGGAUUUGGAGGCGGGUUUAGUGGAGGCCACGGCGGAGGUGGAUUCGGUGGUGGCCAUGGAGGAGGCGGAGGCGGCGGCCACGCCGUCAGCGUCCAAGCCAUCGAAGUUCCUUCAACCGUGGUCAGCGGAGGCGGCGGUGGUGGCGGAGGUGCCAUCGGUGGUGGAGGAGGGGGUGGAGACACCGCCAACGUCAUCGUCAUCAAGAAUGGAGGAGGUGGCGGGGGAGGAGGAGGUGGUGGAGGCGGCGGCAGGCUAGUGACUACGCUACGUCGCUUCACCGCCCACGUCGACACCAGCUCGGUGCCCAUAGACUUCCAGCAUGUCCAGAUUCCGAACAAGUUCCCUAGCAAGCCGAUCAGGCCCCGCGUCGGCCCCGUAGGCUACGUGGUCGCCAUGGAAGGCCAAGCCCAAGCGGUGCUGGAGGUGGUUUCGGCGGCGGCGGCGGCGGCGGCGGCGGCGAUGGUGGUCAUGAGGUGUACGAAGUCAAGGCUGUAUCCAGCGGAGGCGGUGGCGGUGGUGGAUUCGGAGGCGGCUACGGCGGCGGCGGUGGCGGUGGUGGUUUCGGCGGUGGACAUGGUGGAGGAUUCGGCGGUGGUCUCGGCGGUGGUCUUGGCGGCGGUCUCGGCGGCGGUCUUGGCGGCGGUUUCGGCGGAGGCCAUGGCGGCGGCGGAGGCGGCGGAGGCGGCGGUGCCAACUUGCAGCAAGUCCCCGUGCACGAAGAGACCAAGACACACGCAGCGCCCGUCGGCGGUGGAGGCUACGGCGGAGGCGGAGGCUACGGUGGUGGACACGGCGGCGGCGGCGGCGGCGGAGGUGCGCAGGUUCACAGCGUCGAGGUUGUCAAGGUCGCCGAAGGAGGUGGUGGCGGCGGCGGCGGAUUCGGAGGCGGCUAUGGCGGUGGCGGAGGAGGCCACGGAGGAGAUGGCGGUGGAUGGCAAUAAGCGGGUUUCCCAAACGCACACUGUGAUUAAGCCGACCACUGCGCUUGCCGCAGCGAAUUUGGAGAGGCUGCCUGCCGCAAAGCAAGCAGGCCUCUGCAUCCAGAGCACACCCGCCAUGGUUCAGCGCAAGAACGUCUUCACGCACUCGAAUGAACCACGCAGAAAGGCACAGGUGCCACGCUCUCCGGGAUUGUGUAAUAUAUUGUUGACCUCACGCGCCCGCGGCCUUCCGCGGGACUUCACGGCGCUCACCUCACCGCCAUUGUUAAUAAAAUAUAUUGUACAUAUUGUAAUGAUCUGUCCGGACGAAGGUUUCAACCAGAACGUUGGAUUCCUGUUCAACAUUCUCAUAGCUAGGAUGAAUUGCAAGACUCGGGUCUACAACCUCAACGUCGACCACAGUGGCAACUUGGGUCUUAACAUUCUCCGCAAGGCAUGA